CGAAAUAAGGAAGUCUACUUUCGAUUUCGUUGAACCGCCAUUUGUGCGCCAACAUCCUCAUCUAGACGUUAAGCUCGGGGGAUCCGCCGCCGACAGACACCAGACAGUGGAAUUUGCAGUGUUCACGGUAACUGGAUGAUCUAAAAGUGGGAGGCAGCUGUGACCCAUAAGAUGGCAGCCACCAAAGAUGAAGCUAACACAUUCAGGAUUUUACUUGUCACUGAUGUCCAUCUUGGAUUUGCAGAGCGUGAUCCAAUCAGAAACCACGACUCCCUUGUCACAUUUGAAGAGAUUCUGGAAAAAGCCCAAGAACAUAAUGUAGACUUUGUCCAUGGGGGAGACCUAUUCCAUGAAAACAAACCUUCAUGUCAUAUCAUCCAUCAAUGUUUAACGCUGUUACGCAAGUACUGCAUGGGGAAGAGGCCCAUUCAGUUUAAAUUUCUCAGCGACCAAUCUGUUAACUUUAAGCAUUGCGAAUUUCCUGUGGUAAAUUAUAAUGAUCUAAAUCUGCAUAUUUCAAUCCCAGUUUUUUCUAUUCAUGGUAACCAUGAUGAGCCAACUGGACCGCACAGUGUGGGAUCACUAGAUAUCCUCCAUUCUUCAGGUCUUCUGAACUACUUUGGGAAAACUACAUCUCUGGAAGAAAUCCAGAUACCACCACUUCUUCUGCAGAAGGGUAGCACCAAACUUGCAUUGUAUGGACUUGGAUCUCUCCAUGAUGAGAGCCUUCGACAAAUGUUCUUGAAAGGAAAUGUGACGUUGACUAAACCUAGUGAAAACAAAGAUGACUGGUUCAACUUGUUUGUGCUGCAUCAAAACAGAGCCAAGCACAGGGAAACUAAUUACAUUCCUGAGAUUGUUUUGCCUGAGUUUCUUAACUUGGUAUUUUGGGGCCAUGAACAUGAGUGCAGGUUAGCAGAAAGGAAUCCUAGAGGUUUCUGUGUCACACAGCCUGGCAGCUCCAUUACUACUGCACUGAAGAAAGGAGAGGCAAAAGCUAAAUGUAUUGGGCUUCUUGAAGUAGAAGGUAGAGCUUUUGAAAUAAAACCAGUCAAACUGGAGACAGUACGACAGUUCUAUAUGGAAGACAUUGUGCUGAGUAAGACCAGUCUUGACCCAAACGACAUAAAUGCUGUUGAAAAUGUAGAGGAAUUCUGCCGUAAGAAAGUUGAACAACUGAUAGCAAAAGCAGACAAGGAACACACUGGAAACAAAAAGCAGCCGAAAGAACCACUCAUAAGGCUGAGGAUUGACUACACAGGAUUUAAAACUUUCAACAUUUACAGAUUUGGUCGGAACUUCAUGAAAAAAGUUGCCAAUCCAGACCGGAUAAUACAUUUUACUCAAGAGAAAACUGGUGGAUGUUCCAAAAAAGAUGCUGGUAAAGUUUAAAAGGCAUCCAUUAUUCACUUGGAUUAAAUUUGCUUCUUAAGUGGUCUGAUAUAUAGUAAAAGUAUAUAUUAUAAAAGAGAUCACAUAAAUUUUUCAUUUAACACCUAAAUCACUGAUUUAAGUCAUCAGUCCUCGCAAGU